UGUUUUUCCUUUGGGAUAUCGGGGAUACCAAAACAUGUUUCGGGCACAAAUCGUUCUUAUCAAAGUUAUCAGUCAUACAUAGUGAUCCCACCGACGUUACAUUAUUUUAAGUACGGUCCCAAAAUGUGUGUACGUGAUGUUGGAAGUGUUGUAAAAGUAGUGACGUAUAGCCUAAUUCUGAUAUUCAAAUUCCGCUAUAAACGCAUCACUUCGAAGAAGAUGCAAAUAUUUUUCUCGAGCUGUCAUUUUUUGCGACUUGUUCGCCAGUUUAUGAUGAAAACUGAUGCCGAAAUCCAUGAAGUACCGACCGCUUUGUUAAAAAGGAUAUUGCAGAAGCAUGGCUGCUACAAUGCUCAUCUAGAUUUAGGAAACAUUUUGAUUUUUGGUUCAGAUUUUCUCCCCAAAGUUUUAAAACAGCCUAGUUGGUUACUUGUGCAAACACCACGUUGCACUGCCCGCUGGGUAUGUGCAAUAAGCCUUCCAAUCAAGAAAUUACAUAAUGGGUGUUUUGCCAGUAAUCAACUGUAUCACAACUUGUUUGUCACGAAACCUAAAUCACCCAUUCAAAUAUUUCCUGAAACUCUACAGCAGAAUAGUAUACCAUCAGCUAUCACUGCACGUGUUUCCUUGUUGAAUUCCAGCCAAACCAGCAGUGACAUUGUUGAAAAAUUAAAAAAAUUCUUUGAUUCAAAAAAAUAUUUACAACCAGGUGAUCUGUUUCAAGUUGACGAAGGUCUGCUGUUUAAAGUACAUUCGGUUGACGCUGCGAAGUCGGUAAAAAAGAAUAUUGGAUACUUCGUUGAAAACCAAAAAUCGUCAUUAUUCCAGCUUGCCAGUAUACCUUCGUUACAAUUUUCUGUUACACAAAAGCUCAAGAAAAUACCAACGGAAUUGUCAUUCGCAACUUUCGAGGAAAUAAGAAAUUGUACCAUAUCAAACCGACCUCCCAGCUUGUCUGGAGAUUGCGAUUUCGUACAGAAACUUAUAACCCCUUUUAUUGCACAUGGCACAUCUGAUUUUACGAAUCGUAACACCUGUCUUGCACUUCCUACAUUCUUAAUGACUGGAUCUUCUGGGUCUGGCAAACGAUUAGUUGUAAAAUGCGUUGCGGAUGCCUUGGGUCUAGAGUUCGUCGAAGUGUCCUGUCUUAGCCUUUUAGGCGAAUCCAGUAAAGCUUCCGAAUUACGUAUUCGUAAUGCUUUUGAAAACGCCCGUCAAGUUUCUCCAGCUAUUUUAUAUUUCACAGAUAUUGAAGUUAUUGGUAAAAGUCGUGAGGGAAGUGUUUCGGAUUUCCGAAUCUUGCGAUUCUUCGUCUCGGAAAUCAACCAACUUCAGAUGAAUUUAACGGCAGAUUCACAGUCUCCGCUGUUUAUCAUUGGAAGCUGUCGAGAUAGGAAUAAAUGCUCCCCGGAUGUGUGUAGUGCCUUACUUCAUAAAAUCAAGAUUGCUAGUCUGAGCGACGAUCAGCGGAUUACUACAUUCCGGUGGCUUCUUGAAGAAAAAUCUCUUCUAAUCAAUACACCUUUGGAAGAUCUCGCACGAAGAAUGCACGGAUUCCUCUUAGGAGAUUUGAAUGCCGUCAUUUCGAUUGCUACAAGGCAUGCUGCGUUCAGGAUAGAUAAUGCAAUAUCCGAUGUGGCCUUGAUUCCAUCGUCUUCCAUUGGCCAUGCCAUAGAUUGUGUCCGCCAUUGGCAAAGCAAAAACAUGAACGCUCCAACUAUUCCCGAAGUCCGGUGGGAGGAUGUCGGUGGAUUGCAGCACAUAAUCAACGAGUUACUGGACACUAUUCAACUUCCUCUAAAAUUCCCUAGUCUUAUUGAAAACGGACUAAAGCGAUCAGGUAUUCUGCUUUAUGGACCUCCUGGAACGGGAAAAACUUUGUUAGCGAAAGCUGUGGCUACCGAGUGCAAUUUGCACUUUUUGAGUGUCAAAGGUCCAGAACUGCUCAACAUGUACGUUGGUCAAAGCGAAGAGAACGUGCGUAAUGUUUUUCAAGCAGCCCGCCAAGCUUCGCCAUGUUUAAUCUUCUUCGACGAGUUGGAUUCACUUGCUCCUAACCGUGGGCGUAGCGGAGACUCAGGAGGUGUUAUGGAUAGGGUUGUGUCACAGUUAUUGGCCGAGCUAGACGGGAUAAACAAAUCGGCCGUGGUUUUUGUGAUAGGUGCGACUAAUCGACCCGAUUUGAUUGAUCCUGCUCUGCUUAGACCUGGAAGGUUUGAUAAACUUCUCUUUCUAAGCGUUAACGACUCCAAGGAAUAUCAGCUUUCAGUUUUGAAAGCCCUUACAAGAAAAUUUCAGUUACAUCCGCUGGUUGAUCUGGAAAAAUUUGUUCUUGAGCUUCCGAAAUAUUUAACUGGAGCCGAUUUAUAUUCCCUUUGCUCUACUGCAAUGCUGAAAAGUGUGGAAAGGAAUAUCCAACUCCUAGAAGAAGGUCGUGUGAUAUCCGCAGCAGAUAGAAUGCUAUCCGCAAUUGAUUUCCAGGCAGCUGCUGAUCAAUUGGUUCCUUCCGUAUCUGCAAAAGAUCUGUCUUCCUACAGAGAACUAGAACGCAAGAUUAACCAGCCAUCGUAGCGUUUGUUUUUUGUUCAAAUUAGACCAUUCUAUAACUUCUGUUAUUAAGUAAGAGUAUAAAAUACUUUUGUUAACUUCCCGGCAGGGACUCUAUCAAAGUCGAUAACGUAUACGGUAUUUUUUACCGUAGGGAACUUUUGAAAGAGUUAUUUUGCCUUUCAGAAGUUGCAAAAACCAUUUAAUUGUGUGAAAAAUUUUCAGUACAAAAUUGUUGAAAACAAAGUCUGCAAAUAUUCACAGAAACUUGUAUGCUUGACUAUGUGGGUAUUCACACGUUUGACACCUCACAAAUUUGUAGC